UCUGGAGGCGACUCACUAAACUUACACAUUUAAUUGACAAACCAGAAAACAGGAGUCACAGUAUUUUUUUUUUUUUUCUGUUAUUGUAAAUACGUGGCUAUAUAGACAUGAGUGGAAAUAUUACUAUACUGUUUAAACAGUAACAUUAUGAAGUUAUGUAGAAGAAAGCAUGCUGUACCCACAGCUAAACUAACAGCAUACGCCAGUAGUGAUGUAGAGGCCUAAUUAUGUAAUGUAAUAACACAGUAUAACAUAUUAACACAACAUAGAAUAGUAUGAAAAAAGUAAUACACAUGGUAUAAUAUGUAUUAAAUAUUAAGUGUGCAAUAUUUAGUAGUCCAGCGGAUACAGUUAAUAAAUAUAAAUAGGUAUACAUAAAGAAUAAAUGAGAUAGAUGCCCCCGCCCGUCCCCCAAUUUCCGAUUAUUCCUCAUUUCCUCCAGUAGGGGACCGAGGAGAGAAAAUCUGGAAGGAAAGGAGAAAAAAAAAUCCAGGGAACUGAGUCAGCAGCAGCAGCAGCGGGUCUCAGUCUGCUCCCCCUCAACUUCCGUGGAUUCAUUUCAGCUCCGUUCACCACAAACUCGGCACUUUAACACUCAGCGGAGAAGCUGAAUGGCUUUGCAUUACAAUAAGAAGCAUCUGUUAGAGGAAAACGAGGCGUGAAAAGCAGGAGAGAGAAGAGGACCGUCCACUGUCUCGCUGAGCACACCACAUCGCUGUGCUAAAUAUUUAGCUUCAUGUCCGUCCGAGUCUCAGCCAUGAGUGUUCUUCCUCCUGUUCGAAGAGACCGAAUCAUCGCUCAGCUCCCUCAGUAUUUCAGGAAAGAAGCAGCUCUCCACACUAAAAAUGAUUUCAACAAUAAAGUGAAGACUGCCUGCCAGGAGCAGCGCACCGGCACUGUGGGCAGAUUUAAAAUCUCUAAGGUCAUUGUUGUGGGUGACCUGGCUGUGGGGAAAACCUGUCUGAUUAAUAGAUUUUGCAAAGAUGCUUUUGAUAAGAACUACAAGGCAACGAUUGGUGUUGACUUUGAGAUGGAGCGGUUUGAGGUGUUGGGUGUCCCUUUCAGCCUACAGCUGUGGGACACUGCAGGCCAAGAGAGGUUCAAGUGCAUUGCUUCUACAUACUACAGAGGAGCCCAGGUCGUGAUCAUCGCGUUUGAUGUAAAUGAUGUCGCUUCUUUGGGGCAUGUGAGGCAGUGGCUUGAAGAUGCCCUGAAAGAGAACGACCCCACGGCCGUCCAGCUGUUCCUCGUUGGCACAAAGAAAGACCUGAGUUCUCCUGCUCAGUAUACACAGAUCGAACAAGAUGCUCUCAAACUAGCACAAGAGAUCAGAGCGGAGUAUUGGGCUGUGUCAUCACUCACAGGGGAAAACGUGAAGGAGUUUUUCUUCCGAGUUGCAUCGUUGGCGUUUGAGACCAAUGUUCUCGCCGAGCUGGAGAAAAGUGGAUCGAGGAAAAUCGGAGACGUCGUCAGAAUCAACAGCACUUCAAACAACCUGUACGCUACAUCGAAGAAGAAACAGCCGAACUGCUGUCAGUAAGGACGCAGGCCGGAGCGUAAAGUCAAAGGUACAGACUGAAAAUGAGGAUUUUUUUUCUUUCAGUGGAAAAAGACUGUGGCUGCUCUCCACCUCAUGGGAGGGAUUUCUGUGGUCAAAGCAAGAAGAGGGAUGCUGGAGUUUCACUUCCUAGCUUGUUUGAAUUCAGUUUUUCCUGGCCUGUGCUGAGUUUUCCUCCGUGGGAUGUGGAUUCUUGUGGUGUUGCUCAGAUUAACUCUUCUGGAGUUACACAGUGACCCAAAAUAAUUACAGCGAUGCCAAAGAAUGACUGUGGAUGAUUGUAACGUGAGUGUGAGUGGAUUCUUACUUUUCUUAGGGCUUAAAUUAAAUCUUCAGUUUUGCUGCUGUAGUUUGUUUCACUAUUAAGAUGUAUUUCUCUUUUCAUAAUAUCAUAGAGUAGAGAUUCCCAAUUUUUCUGUAAGAAGUGAGAAACUGCUAAAUCACAAGACAACAUCAAACAUUUGAGGAAAGUCUUACGAAAUAAACUUAACUGUAUGUUGCAGAAGUGUUUUUUAAAUUAUUAAUUUUUUGCUAACUAUCUCUGGACCCUUCAAAUUUAUCUUUGAACUCCUCAUGGAGGCCUGGACCCCCAGCUUUAGAACCAUUGUUAUAGUAAUGCAGAUGCAGCCUUGGAUGCUUUUAUCUGCAAAAAAACAAAAAACAAAAAAACACGUAUGCUUCAUAGGUACUUUUUUUCUUUCUGUUUACAAUCAAAUCAGUGACUGAAUUUUGAUUAUCAUUUUAUAUCAGAAAUAGUGUGUGUCAAUGUUUGAUCAUUUUUCUUUAAAAUUUUCACAUGGUAUGUUUUUACAUGUCAUAAAGUCAUUAAAAAAGGGAAAAUAAA